AUGACGGCAGACACGUGCGGGCGCCGGGGAACAGCCUCCCUGGCUCUCCUCGCGACAGCUGCCAGCCCGAAGUAUCGCGAGACUUGGCCUCGUCCCGGAAGUCCCGCUACUUCCGCUGAGAGCGCAGAGCUAUUGGCUCGCAGUGACCUCACUCCCAGCAGGCCGCGCUUCCCCGGCCGGCUCUUCCGGUCUGCGCGGUGCCUUCUGGGAGUCGUAGUGCCGCGCGGCGCUACACCGGCCCAGGCGCGGCGGCGACGGCGGGCUCGGGCUCCCUUUCCCGGGAAGCCGUUAGCUGCCCGCCCGUGGCCGAGCGGCGGGCGGCGGCGGCGGGUGAGCCUGUCCCUGGGGCGGCCCGAGGGAGGCUAUGGAAGAAAAAGCAGUCGCAGCAAGAGAUGGAAGGAGCUGCUGAAACUGCCCCCGCUGAGCAAGUGCGAGGCGCUGAGAGACUCCAUCGAGAAGGAUUACAGCAGCCUUUGUGACAAGCAGCCGAUAGGAAGACUCCUCUUCAGGCAGUUCUGCGAGACGAAACCCGAUCUGAGGAGGUGCAUUGAGUUCCUGGAUGCAGUGGCUGAAUAUGAAGUGGCUGCUGAAGAAGAGCAGGGAGACCGCGGGAGGAAGAUCCUGGACACGUUCUUCAGUGAGAAGUCUGGAGCUCAUUUACCCAAGAUGCCUCAGGGUAUUGUUACCCAGUGUAAAAGGAGACUGGAGAAGCAGGCUUCGAAGGACGCCUUUAAGGAGUGUACCAGAGUCGUCCAUAACUAUUUAAGUGGAAAACCCUUUGAAGAGUACCAAGCAAGCCGCUAUUUUUCACGCUUUUUACAGUGGAAAUGGCGGGAGAGGCAGCCAGUAACAAAGAAAACCUUUCGACAUUACCGAGUCCUCGGAAAAGGCGGCUUUGGAGAGGUAUGGGCCUGCCAAGUGCGUGCCACGGGAAAAAUGUAUGCUUGUAAAAAACUAGAAAAGAAGAGAAUCAAGAAGAGGAGAGGAGAAACUAUGGCUCUAAACGAGAAGAGACUCCUGGAGAAGGUGCAGAGCCGAUUUGUAGUUAGUUUAUCCUACACCUACCAAACCCGAAACGCCUUGUGCUUGGUGCUGACCAUUAUGAACGGAGGUGACCUGAAUUUCCACAUUUACAACUUGGGCAGUCCUGGCUUUGAUGAGCAGAGAGCCGUGUUCUACGCUGCAGAGCUGUGCUGUGGCCUGCAAGACCUCCAGAAAGAGAGAAUUGUGUACAGAGACCUGAAGCCUGAGAACAUCCUGCUGGAUGACCGGGGACACAUCCGGAUUUCAGAUCUCGGGUUAGCUGUGGAGAUCCCUGAAGGGGGCACGGUCCGAGGGAGAGUCGGGACCAUCGGUUACAUGGCUCCGGAAGUUAUCAAUAAUGAAAACUAUACAUUUAGCCCUGACUGGUGGGGACUUGGCUGUGUGAUAUAUGAAAUGAUUCAGGGACAUUCUCCAUUCAGAAAGUUCAAAGAGAGAGUCCAGCGGGAGGAGAUGGACCGCAGAGUGAAGAAGGACAAAGAGCAGUAUUCCGAGAAGUUCUCAGAGGACGCCAAGUCCAUCUGCAGGCUGUUACUCACCAAAGACCCAAAGGCGCGUCUGGGCUGCAGCGGGUACGGAGCCGAGGAGGUCAAGCAGCAUCCUCUGUUCAAGGGCAUCAACUUCAAGAGGCUGGAGGCCAACAUGCUGGAUCCCCCGUUCUGCCCCGAUCCACAUGCCCUGUACUGCAAGGACAUCUGGGAAAUCAAGCAGUUCUCCACUGUGAAGGGCGUGCACCUGGACAGCAGGGAUGCGGAAUUCUACGCCAAGUUUGUCACGGGCUGUGUCUCCAUCCCCUGGCAGAACGAGAUCAUUGAGUCCCACUGCUUCCGAGACCUCAAUGAGAGCGAACCUGAAGAGCCGGAGUGGAAGGCUUGUCAGUCUCCGCCUUGCAGGCCGAAGACCGUCUUCUGCAGCAGGCUGCUCAGGAGACUGGGCUGUCUGGGCUCCGGUGGCAGCGAGAAGGACCCGGACUGUCGGAGGAGGCCACCCCGGCCUCACUUCACCGCCCAGCAGCCCCCAGGCAUGGUGGUGGACAGUGUCCCCCAGACCCCCUCCGCCCAGCAGUGGCUGGUACACGUGGCACUGCCCUUCAUGUCCAGUCCUCUUGCUCAUGGCCCUGGGCCUGGAAGUCCUUCUGAGAAGAUUGCACAUUGUGUCUCAGAACAGAGUCAGGAGAAGGGGGGCUGGGCAGAUUCCCACCAGCACCAAGUUGCCUCGUCUCUGUCCGUGGCCCAGGCCUUCUACUCCAAGCGAGACUCUCCCAGGGCCAUGUCCCCAUCCUGA